ACUUGGUGGCUUCUGCAGUAAUGAUUACGCUUUGAUUUUAAACAAAAUCUUGCUGAUAGUUGUUUUACAGACAGGUGAGAGUGCCAGUGAGUGCUUUUGCCUCCGAUGUCCGCCAGUUACUAGUGCUAGUGGAGUGGCAACUGGAUGUUAUAUCAUUUCCUGGAAGAGAAGUUCACCUGUUGAAAGUGUACCUGUUGUUAAUACAGUCGUCACUCUACCGCAUGUGAUUGUAGAGAGCAUUCCCCUCCAUGUUAAUGCAGAUCUGCCAUCAUUUGGUCGAGUCCGAGAAUCCCUACCUGUCAGGUAUCACCUGCAAAAUAAGACCAACUUAGUCCAGGAUGUGGAGGUGUCAGUGGAACCCAGUGAUGCCUUCAUGUUCUCUGGCCUUAAACAGAUCCGAUUAAGAAUCCUUCCUGGCACACAGCAGGAAAUGUUAUAUAACUUCUAUCCUCUGAUGGCUGGAUAUCAGCAGUUACCAUGUCUUCAUGUUAACUUGCUGCGAUUCCCAAACUUCACUAAUCAGUUACUCAGACGAUUCAUACCAACGCACAUUUUUGUAAAGCCUCAGGGUCGACAAGCAGAUGAUAACUCGAUUGCAGCUGUAUAACUGCGAGACCUGUACCUCUGCCCUCAAAGAAAAUGGGAUGUUGCACACAAUAUAUAAAUCUCACUUUGGAAACAUGGCUUUGAUCAAACCAGAAGAAUUAAAUUUUAUUUUUAAAUUACAACGCUUAGCAGAACUAAUGUUUUAAAAAAACCUAGUCUUUCGUAGACUUUCUUUAAGGAAUAAACAUGUGGGGGAAACCUGGUGCUUUAUUUAACAGGAACAUUCUUUUGAAGUUAACUUUGAAUGUAAAACUCUUAAAAAGUAUUAUUAAGGCAUAUUAAAUGUCUCAAGUAUUUAAGUGAAGAAAUGCUAAUUCAUUUGACCAAAACUGAAAGGCAUUUGCAUAAUUAACAGUAAGUUGAAGUGCAAAGUUUGUACUUA